UCUUCUCCACAUACACCCAAUUUUCACCUACUCUCUAUCAUUCAUUCACUGCUCAGAUUAUUGAUUUUCUUGGCUUUUUAUUACCAUUCUCCUCAAUUCAUAUCUUAAGGGAAAAAUAUGGCUGCACCCCCAAAACCAACAAGAAUAGGCCUGGCUGGUCUGGCUGUCAUGGGCCAGAAUCUUGCCUUGAAUAUUGCUGAGAAAGGCUUCCCCAUUUCUGUUUAUAAUCGAACUACCUCUAAAGUUGAUGAGACUGUUGAAAGAGCUAAAAAGGAGGGAGAUCUUCCUCUGUAUGGCUUCCAUGAUCCAGAAUCAUUUGUUCAGUCAAUCCAAAAGCCUCGGGUCAUAAUUAUGCUUGUCAAGGCUGGAGCCCCUGUUGAUGCGACCAUAAAGACCCUCUCUGCCUACAUGGAAAAAGGUGAUUGUAUUGUUGAUGGUGGGAAUGAAUGGUAUGAGAACACUGAGAGGAGAGAAAAGGCCAUGGCAGAAUUGGGUUUGCUCUAUCUUGGAAUGGGAGUCUCAGGUGGUGAAGAGGGUGCACGAAAUGGACCCUCUAUGAUGCCUGGAGGUUCUCUUGACGCCUACAAGAACAUUGAAGACAUUGUUCUAAAGGUGGCUGCCCAAGUUCCUGACAGUGGCCCUUGUGUGACUUAUAUUGGCAAGGGUGGAUCUGGAAAUUUUGUCAAGAUGGUACAUAAUGGAAUUGAGUAUGGUGAUAUGCAGCUGAUAGCUGAGGCUUAUGAUGUACUAAAAUCCGUUGGGAAGUUAUCAAAUGAUGAGUUGCAAAGUGUUUUCUCAGAGUGGAACAAAGGCGAGCUUCUAAGCUUCUUGGUUGAGAUCACUGCAGAUAUUUUUGGAAUUAAAGAUGACAAGGGAGAUGGAUAUUUGGUUGAUAAAGUUUUGGACAAAACAGGUAUGAAAGGUACAGGUAAAUGGACUGUACAGCAAGCUGCUGAUUUAUCCGUUGCAGCUCCUACGAUUGCAUCUUCUUUGGAUGCUAGAUUCCUUAGUGGUUUAAAGGAAGAAAGAGUUGAAGCUGCUAAAGUCUUCGAACAAGGUGGCUUUGGAGAUAUCUUGACUGAUCAAGUCGUUGACAAAAAGAAGUUGAUCGAUGAUGUUAGACAAGCUCUUUAUGCUUCCAAGAUUUGUAGUUAUGCACAGGGAAUGAAUCUGAUCCGCGCAAAAAGUGUGGAGAAAGGAUGGGACUUGAAAUUGGGAGAGCUUGCCAGAAUUUGGAAAGGAGGGUGCAUUAUCCGAGCCGUGUUCUUAGACAGAAUCAAGAAGGCUUACGAUAGGAAUGCUGAUCUGGCUAACCUUCUGGUCGAUCCAGAGUUUGCCAAGGAAAUCAUCGAGCGCCAGUCUGCAUGGCGGAGGGUUGUAUCCCUUGCUAUUAAUGCUGGCAUUAGUACCCCUGGUAUGUCUUCCAGUCUUGCUUACUUUGACUCUUACAGAAGGGCAAGGUUGCCAGCUAAUUUGGUCCAAGCGCAACGAGAUUACUUCGGUGCUCACACAUACGAAAGGGUUGAUAUGGAAGGAGCUUUCCACACUGAAUGGUUCAAGAUUGCGAGACAGUUGAAGAAAUGAACUAUUUCCAGCCGUAUUUAGGUUUUCAAAACCCUCUAUCAAGUACAAUAAUUCUGCUUCCGACUCGAUGCUCGGCAGAACUUACACCAGUCUUAUGUGACCUAAACUUAUCUGAGUCAGUUUCUUCAAGUCCUACUUAUGUUUAAGACUUUUCCUCUUUGUAUGUUGUGCUGUGCUUGGUCAGUUCUACUGUCUUUAGAUUUGCAUUGACAUUUCUUUUUUAAGGAGGGAUUUAUAGCUGCAAUAUGGUAUAUUAUUGUGAAAGUGCUUUGAGAAAGUAAAUUUUCUGUUUGUUGA